AUGAUACAGAAUUGUGGAUCCUUGUUUGUUCAAUGGAGGCCAUGUCACGUGCGAACACUAUGCUUGGCUUCUCCGUCUACAGCUGGUAUUAAAACAGAGCAGCUUCGACAACAACUCGAUCUUCUUCACAAAGAAGCUGAAAGCACAAGAGCCAAAGCAAACAAUGUAAGAUUGAGGCUGAUGCGGUUGUCUGAAGCAGCAGAGAAGCUUCGACGACAAGCCUCCAUUAGUGUUCAAACUGGAAAGGAUAAUGAUGCACGGGAUCUGCUUUUUCAAAAGAAAAAGGUUAUGCAAGCGAUGGAGAAAUCAAAGAGUCGGAUUGAAGUUCUUGAUGAGCUUGCAAUGAAACUCAAUGAGGCAAUAUCAAUAAAGGAAGGUCAACUGAUUGGAAAUGUUGCUUUAGAUCUUGAAGUUAGUGAGCAAGAAGCCCCUAGUCCCAUUCGAAUUGUAUCUUCUAAAGAGGAAAACUCAAGCACGUCGAAUGAAAAUCAAGACUUGGAAUCAGAUACCCCAAAAUUUGUACAGAAUCAAGAACCGCUAGUUGUUUCUGCAAGUCAAGGGGAGCUUUAUUCUGAGAAGGUCGAGAACAAUCAUGAGGAAUCUAUCAAUCGUAAUGUGCAGAAUGAAGUUAACAAUGAACACAAUGGAAAGGAAAUAACCUCAUAUGAGGACUUCAUGUGUCACCUGGAUCAACUGCUAAACAAAAUGCAAAUGGAACUUCUAACAUUUUUGAGGUUUUCAGCCUUAAUACUAGAAAGCGAGGAAAAGCCUGAAAAUUCUAAGGUCCGGCAUGCUAUGGAGAUUCUUGAGGGUAUUCGUCAUGUUAGAGAAAGAAUUGCAAGCAUCACACAGGCAAAAGUUUCAUUCGACUCGAAAUUGGGAUCCAUUGUCCUUUGCAUGGGAUCAGUAAUAGUUGAACAAAGAGAAAGACGCACUCUAUCGAAUUAG